AUGGCAGCGAUUGUCAUGCUGGUGCUGGUGCUGGUGUUGGUGCUCACGGCGACCCUGUUUCUCCGAUUCUGGCGACGCACCACCCGUCGCCUACGAUGCGCGCUCAAGCCGCCUGAGGCGGUGACACCACCACCAGCCCAGCCCUUCUCGGUCUGGAUCCCCUCCUAUGCCUUGACGACACGACUCCGUCGUCAAGGCUGCCCACGACGAGGGACAUUGAACGAUCCCAGGGGCCCCUUUCGGAGCGCCUUACCGCCAGGGUCGUGUCGGUGGGGCCUCAUUUUGUGGUCAAAGAAGAAGCUGGUGGCAGAUCAACUCAAGGCGUGUUUGCUGCGAAUGCGCGCCGUGCCCUCGCCAAAGGGAGGAUUUUGCAUUCUCGACGAGAGACCGCUGCGCGACGCUCUGUUCUGGGCUGGUGGUGAUCAUGGGGAUCAGCUGCCGGCAGCAAGCCUGAGCGAACCUUUCGCCACGGAAUCGGAACUCAACGACGCGAUUAUUAAGAAGUGCCAGGCUAUCAAUGCCAUCGAGGGGAGAGCCAUUUUCUACCAGGAGAGUCUGCCUCUGGUGUUUCACGACCACCCUGACUCCUACGCAUGGCGACCUGCAACCCAAGAACAUCAUGGUCCGGGCCAAGCCAAAGUCCAAACUGAAGAUUGUCCUUUUGGACUGGGAGUUCGCGGGUUGGUAUCCGAGUUACUGGGAAUAUGCACAGGCGCUCAUGGGCUGUGGGUGGUUUGA